AAGCAGGUGCCCGAUAUUGUACGGCGCAAUAUAAUCCGUACACCAGUUUACUACCACCAUAGAACUAGAAAAUGGCUACUAAUAAUGUUUUAGUGCCGCGGAAUUUCAAGCUGUUAGAUGAGCUGGAAUCGGGACAGAAAGGCUAUGGCGAUGGGACAAUCAGUUGGGGCUUGGAGAGUGAUGAAGACAUUACCAUGACCUACUGGAACGCCAUGAUCAUUGGGCCACCCAGAACUGGAUUCGAGUCUCGGAUAUACCAGCUGCAGGUGAUAUGUGGAGAAGAUUACCCCGAUCGGCCCCCCUUAGUGAAAUUCAUACACAAAAUCAACAUGAGUGGUGUAGAUGAAAAUGGCAAGAUAGACAAUAAAAAAAUUGAUGUCCUCAGAAGCUGGAAGAGGAGUUACACAAUCUGUACAAUUCUACAGCAUUUACGCCAGUGUAUGUCAAGUAAAGAAAAUUACAAACUGACUCAACCACCAGAGGGUUCCACAUACUAACAGUGGAGCCAUGUAACACGCCAACCUUCUGUACUGAACUUGUGUAACCAACUUGAGGCAUCCGAUCGCAAAGAAUGGAAUUAAAGCAUAUGCACCCAUGGACGUUGAUACUUAUUCAAACACAAAGGAUUUGAGACCAAAGUUAAAAACGUGUUUGCUUGAUGUGCUGUCACUAACAUGUGUACCGUACCUGUUGGAGAAAAAAAAAAUCCAACAUCAAUCCAAUUUUUUCUUUAUUUUGGUCUGUUUUUUCUCUCUCUUCCUUUUAUUGUUUUCCCUUUUCAAGUCAGAAUGUUUUAUGCGUUUUUUCUUUCUUUUUUUGUCCAAAAUGGGUCGAAACCUAAUCUGAGAUUAAAAUACUUUUGCCAGGCCACUGUGAAAAUUCUUUAUCGUUUACUAUCGAGUAAAUUUGUCAUUUGGUUUAAGGAUUUUCGAUGCUGGUAUAGGUGGGGAAAGGGGUGUCUUUCAGUUAGUGUAUACAUUGUCAUGUAUUCAUGCAUUUACAUAUAUUUUUUACAGAAAUAUUCUUUUCAGGUUUCAUAACUAACUCAAAUAUUUUUAUGUUUUUCAUGGAAUGAAAUGCAAAACUGAAAAACAUAUUAUUAUUUUUUAUAAUAAGAAGAAGCAGAUUUGUCAGUUAAAACUAAACUUUUUCAGUCGUGCACGUCAAACAAGCAUGUUUUUAAAGAUGGCUUCAUGGCCUGGUGUCAUUCAAGCCACACGAUCGAACUGCAGUCUGUUUUUUUUCCAGUCUGGUAUAUUGUUAGGGUGUAUCAGAACAUUCAGGCUUUCUUGUGAUUAGGUAAUCACAUACUAGUGGGUGGGGUGGGGGUAGUGGGUGGGAGUGCAAGGACAACUAUUUUGUAGAUGAGUUGUUGGGACCUUUCUGGAAAUAAAUGGAUGGGUUGAGGAGGGGGUGGGGUGUAGAAGUAUCCAGAAAAAGAUAAGUUUUGAAUCCAACCAGUAACACCAAGAGUUAAAGUCGAAUUUUCUGUAUACAAUCCAAUUAGUUUCUCUAUAUUCUUGAUAUAGUGAUAUUUUAUGUUUAAUACAAGACUAGUCCAUGUACCCACUCAUCCAGUAUUCUGGAAUGGUCCCUCAAGUAGCUUGCCAUAUGUAAAUAAUGAGAGGCAAAAUCACUUUCUUGGGCAUGCUUUUGCAGCAAGGUAGAUGAUAAAAGUUUACCAUGCAUAUCAAUGGUUCUGCAUGUAUAUGCUUGUGAUCCAUCUUUUUAAUGACCUAAUGAAAAUUGGUGUUGAUAAAGAUUGGGACCAUCUUACAAUUCAGUAUGCAUGUGUUGAUGCAUAUUACAUGCUGUUGAGUACUUGUUUUGGCUAUUUUUACGAAGUGGAUAUGUACUUAAUAAAAAUAGAUGUACAAGAAGUAAUUUUUAAUUGUUGGACACUUCAUUAAUGCACACUAAAUUACAGUAACAAAAUGGAACAAAGAAAACUUCAGAAAUAUUAUCAAGACUUAAUUUAACUAUAACUUCUUUCCUAAAUUAUAUUAAUAAAUUGAACGAUUUCUUGCAAAAAUAUUUUUUUAAAUCGUCCUUGCUUUUAAAAAUUUUUUUAGAGCCAUAAAAUUCCCCAAAACGUGUAAAAGCACUUGACCUAGAAGUGAUUGCCAUUAACUGUCCAAACCAUAAAGCCUGUAAUGAUGUUAUUUGUAUGCUUCUAUAAGAACUUGUCAAAGUUGUAGAAGGAACUACUGCUGUUACUUUAGCCACGCUGUAUCAAAUCUUGUAGCCCUGUUCUAUGCUAGCAGUCCAUUUCCACCAGUUCAAACCUUGUUACUGCUCUCAAUGAAAUGAUGACAUACCAGCAUGUGAUGCUUCAGGUUUCAUACAGGUCAUGAACAUAUAGGAAAGUAGAUGGAAUUUGCAAAUGUCAUGGAAAAUCUUGGAAUUUUAAGCUGGGAUAUGGAAAGUUGUGGGGAAAAAAAUUAAGGGGACUUUUUUUUUUCCCCUAUUAAAAUAAUAUAAAAUAUUGGCAGUAUGCAUCAUAUCUUUGUAAUACUAUGAGGUUAAAAAAAUCCUUGAAAAUCAAAAAUGAAAGAUAUAUUUUAAAUCUCUAAAGUUGCUCAGGGGCCAUUCUGACAUCCAAGAAUUAUACUAUAGAUUAUGAUUAAUUUUAAUUAAGUUUGAGGUCUUUGAUUUAUUUGCUUCAUUUGUUGCCCAGAUACUAAAGAAGUAUUAUUAGGUUGUGUUUGCACUAGUCGGUUAUAAUAUUGCAUACACCAAUUUAGAAUGAUUUAAAGAGUAAAUUUCUUAAUAGGGAUAACCUUUUUAAUCGAGAUGGGUGUGGGGUUUGAUUGUUUUCUAGCCCCACCUGUGUCUAAAUAAAGAAAAUUUUUACGACCAAAGUCUAAAUAAAGGCUUUCUAUUUCUUAUAUAUGAAAGAACCAUGUAGGUACAAGUCUAGUCUAAAAAGCAAGUGAGUGACAUUCACUCCGGAGGUUACUGUGGGCCAAAAGGUUUGAAUCAGAGAUUAAUGGACUGCAAAAGUCUGCUUCCAGUAAAACAAAUGCUGAAAAUGUGUUCCCAGUAACACCAUACCCGUAUCACCGGCCAAGUGGUAGCAAUAGAUCCCCAUCGUAUAUGGAGAGCUUUGGUGUAUUUUAUGUUUUCAAGAAAACCAUUGCUCUGUGCUUUUAAUAACAGCUUCUUUGUUCAGACGUGGAUUUGUACAUACUUGAGUUUUGUGUUCGGGUGUAUUUGUUUGCUACAGGUAUUAUGUAUUUCUAAGUCUCUUUCUACCAUUGUCGAAGGUUUUUAUGUGGAAAAUAAGAACGGUGUACGUUGAGAGAAGAAAAUGGGAUAUUAAAUUAACUGUAUCUGCACUAACAGUUUGUGUUUAUGAUUUUUCAACAGUUUUUAAUUGUUGAUAAUCGAUUUUGAGAUCAGUAUACUAAACUCAUGCCCUUUUGUCUAACAAACAACCAAAUUACCUUUAAUUUUCUGUAAAUGGCAAAAUAAUGUUUUCUGAUGAGGGAUUCUGUUCCCAUGACUAAAUUAUUUCCCUUUAGAAGAAACUGAAUUUAGCAGAGUUGAUAAAUACUUAUAUUGAUCAGAUUUUCAAAUAGCGGAAAAAGUACAAUGUAGUUAUAAAUAAUACUGCAUUUCAACUGAAUCAUUAGUGGAUUACAUGUAUAUGAUGCCCUAUUCUGUCUUAAUACCCAGAAGUUUGCAAACCGUUACUCAUGAAUCAAAUAUAUGGUGAUGCCAUCGGAUCUCUUAUAAAAUUAAAGAAUAAUUACAAAAAUUAUUCUAUUCUAUUGCUUAUGAUUGAUCCAUCAAAAAGAUUGCCAAAAAAAUGCACCACAUAAUUUGCAUGUAUAAAGCCUUUCACUUAUCUAUGGGCCGUGAGUUAUAUGUGUUAUUUUGGAAUUUAAAGUGGGGUGGCAGGGAGGCCAACUUAAACUGCGAAACCACAACAAAUAAGAAUUUAAUUGAAUAUGUAUUAAAAAAAAUUUAACAUUUUAAAUGGCACAGCUGGCUAAAAAAAUUUCUUUUGAUUACAACAGAACUAGAUCUCAUAAAUUCUUUAUUUUGUCAUGGAUUUGUAAUUCUGUGUGCUAAAAUACUCCUAUCUAUGCUUUAAAAUAUUUCUUUUCACCCCACUUCUAAAAUAUAUUUUUGAAGCAUAUUGUUUAAUGUAACAAUAUUUAUUAUGAACUAAUGUGUGUAAAAAUGCUGGACUCUUUUUAUCUUAACAAAUAAGUGAAUGCUGGCUUUGUUUAACCACACCACUAGAGGACAUUGAUUUAUUAGUCAUUAGCUAUUGGAUGUCAGACAUUUGGUAAAUGUUUACACAUAGGCUUAGAGGAAACUUACUGACACCAAUUGCUGUAGCCCUAAGUCAUAGACUUUAUCCAUGACAGGUUUUAUUUUUUUUAAUUAAUAAGUAAUAUUUAGAUCAAAUUUGAGCAGAUUAACACAAUACUAACGGUAUUUAAAUAGUCUGUGAGAUUGUUAUAUUGAGAAAAGUGUCACUUUCAGUCUGUUUGUUUGUUCUUAACUGACCAGGUUCUUUUACCACCGCCUUACACAUUCAGUAUAGUAAUAUUUAUUUUGUUGAAUAUUUUAAGAAUGUGCUAAAAUAGCCUGAUCAAUUUUCAAACAGCAGUGGGUUUUAUUUUUGGGUUUUUUUAAAUGAUAUCCUAGUUGUAUGUUUUAUGUCCACAAUUAUGAUUCCCAUGUAAAUAAAACAUGCCACAAUAUUUAGCUUCUUUUUAAAACAUUUUUUUCCCCGAUUUGUUCCAUGUUACCCGUUUUUUUCUUUUCUUGUAGUAUAAACUUUAAAUCUGCAUUGUUGACAGCGAUAUGGUGUUAAAUAUGAAUGAGUAUUAUUUGCUAGAAGUUUGUGAUUCCAUUUCAUAUUAUGUCUUGCUCUGCAUCUAAAUUUUGUAAGAAUCCCAAUGGUUUUUGAAACACUAUGUGGGAAAUCUCCUGGAAUCCACUGUCAAGAAUGCAUAACGUGCACAAUUUGUCAAUAAAACGGAUUAGAAAGUCCAAA